GUCCRGCGCRGAGAACRAGCUUCUGAUCGAAAGCGCUUCGGGUUGACAGUUUACCUUUGUUUGAUUCUUUUCUAGUUSCCGUAGAAUCUUUUAAAUCAUGGUUGUGGAUCCAGAAGCAAAAGGAGAAGACAAUGAUGAAGCAGUGCAGACAGUGUUACAAUCUUUAGAUGAYCCAGAAACGGCUGGUCUUAUUCUUGAGAAAGAAGCCAGUGCUCUCAAGAAUAUCUUGGGAGACCCAUCAGUCCUCAAACUCAUUCGUGCUCAUGAUAAACUGGAGGAAGGGCGUAAGCAAAUUGAAACCCAAGACACCAAGUCUCUUGUGAAAGAAUUGCUUGAAGAAAUGGAUCCCAAAGUUGCUGCUGAUGAUAGUGCUGCUGAACUGUCAGGACUUUUGCAAGAACCACAUUUUCUGGCMCUGAUGGAAUCACAUGACGCUGUUGCAUUUAAGACAUAUGAGGUCCUUCCACCUUCCCCUGAUAUAGACACAUCCAAUGGCUUUGGYGGRGGAGAACCMAUUAGAAUGGUUGGRCUKCACAAACAAGCUAGUGAACAUUUGGGUGUUACAUUGAAAAAUGAUGAUGGGCAGCUUGUCAUAUCAAGAAUCAUCCAUGGUGGAAUGAUUGACAGACAAGGUCUUCUACAUGUCGGAGACAUUAUCAAAGAAGUGAAUGGAAAAAAUAUGGAUAACAAUCCAGAAGAACUGCAAAAAUACUUGAGUAAUGCAAUGGGAAAAAUUACACUCAAAGUUUUGCCAAGCUACCAUGAAUCACCAGCCUUAUGUCAGGUCUUUGUGAGGGCACACUUUGAGUAUGACCCUAUGAAAGAUGACCAGAUUCCAUGUGCAGAUGCUGGACUUGCUUUCCAGAAAGGUGAAGUUCUACAAGUGGUUGACCAAGAGGAUCCCAAUUGGUGGCAGGCAAAAAGAGUGGAGAGUAAUAGAGAAGCUGGGCUCAUUCCAAGCCAGAUCUUUGAAGAAAGGAGAAGGGCUGGUGUGAAAAAGCCCAAGUCAAAAGCUGGAUUCUUGUGUGGAAGCAAAAAGAAGCAGGAAAUGAUGUACACAUCUGCUAAAAACUCGGCUUUCGACAAACACGAACUCACACUUUAUGAAGAAGUAGCAAGGAUGCCACCCUUUAAUCGUAAAACUCUUAUCCUGAUUGGUGCUCAAGGUGUUGGUCGUAGAACACUCAAGAACAGGCUGAUUACAUCCGAUAGGGCGCGUUUUGGAACAACAGUUCCUCACACAAGCAGACGUCCUCGAGAAGGCGAGCAAAGUGGACGAGGUUACUAUUUUGUAGACAGAGAAGAAAUGGAUCGCGAUAUUCGCGCUGGUAAAUACAUUGAGUAUGGCGARCAUGAUGGGAACGUAUAUGGAACGAAAAUCGACACAAUCAGAGAAGUGAUGCGCUCAGGAAAGAUGUGCUUCCUCGACGUGAACCCUACAGCUUUAAAAGUUCUCAAAACUCCCGAGUUUAUGCCGUACAUAGUUUUUAUCGCUGCGCCUGACAUGGAAACAAUGCGAGAAAAUCAAAGCAAAAGCCUACAAGAAGGCACCAUCAACAAGAAACGAUCGGAAGAGGAACUUCACAAAACAGUUAGUGAGUCUGAGCGACUGUACAACUCCUACGCGCAUUACUUCGAUUUGACCAUCGUUAAUACCCACAUGGAUGAGGCAUAUCGUAAGCUUGAGGCUGCUAUAAACGCAUUGAGCACGGAGCCACAGUGGGUGCCAGUUAGCUGGGUAUACUGAAAAAAAAGUCAGCGUUAUAAAUCUUAUAAGGCCACUGAUAGUAAAAAAAGCAGCGAUAUCACGGUCAUCGUAUAAAACCCGACCCCUUGCAUCAAAACUUCGUCAUCAGGGGAGGGAGAGGGGACAAAACAAAAGAUUUUUUGGAACUCGAAUCUAUUGGUUUAUCCCCCAGAUAAAUGCAUUCUCAUGAACCAUAAGCAUUCUAUAUAAAUAGGAACUUUAGUUUAUUGUAAUAUAGCAAACAAUUGCGGUAUGUGUCAAGCAUGUUUUGAUCAAAAUCGCUGUUGUGUCACUGCAUAAAUGAUAAUUUAAGUAGUCCAUUUAUGAAUGUUAAAAUUAUCACAUAAUUAGUUAGUCUUGCGAAAUA